AUGUCGCUCUGGCCGACUGCUAAUUCUAAGGUCCUACGGCCAAUACCAUUUUCCGUUUCCCACAAUCCGUCAGAACCCUUGAUUCACAUAGAGAGGCAAUCGCGGCAGUUGCAGAGCGAAUUACAAGAGCUCCUCGACUCUCAAAGCCGUAUCUUAACCGUCAGAGAACCUCUUGUUUCCCCUCCGAAUACCUCCUCCACGAGAAGCUCGACUCCUACCACCUCCCAUACUGUGGGUCUCAAGCAAUCUAUGCCCAUUCCCGUACGCCAGCCUCGAAAGAAAGCACCCACUCUCCGAAAUGUUCGCCAAGGGAUUCUCCGCUCUAUCCAUCACCUGUUAUGUUUAAAGGAAGAGGAGCGAGAUAUCGUUAACUCUGAGAUAUAUGCGAGGAAGGAUGCGUUAGAUAGAGUCAAAACUUUCAUGGACAAGCGGGCUGGCUUAGAGAAAUAUAUUUCUCGGAUACGGGCUGGUAACCAACAGAAGCAUGUGGGUAUGCUUUCAAAUGAACUUCGUGGUCUAGAGGAGGAAAUAAAAGAGGUCGAGUCUCGGCUUGCAGAGCUGAAGGCACGCCGUCGGCAUAUGAUGGACGAAAUAACACAGCUUCAGAACUCUGUGGAUGCUAAGCUAUCAUCCUACGAAGGUGCCCUUUCCCUUGUCAAGAAAGACUCUGAGCAGUUUUUAAAGAUGCCGCCUAUCCCUCCCCUUUAUAGCAAUCUAGUUCCGACGCCAUUCUUUUCAUUGAAUCCUGGCCGACGAACUCUAGAGAUGGCAGAAGAGCACUGGUCGCAGGAGCUAUCGUCUCUCGAAAAGCGCAGUUUAACGACCGAUCAUGAGAUUGAAGCGCUAGAAGAGGGUGGGCGGAUAUGGAAUGAAACCGUUACUCUAGUAACGGAGACUGAGGCUACCCUACGAAAUACCCUUAAUCAGCUACGAAGAGAAGGUGGCACCUUUGAACCAGCCGAAAAGACCUUAGCCGAAAGAACAGAGCCUUCUGAAAUACAGAAAGCAUUGACUGCCGCUCUCCAAAAGCUUGAUAAAUACCUACAGUUGGCGGAGGAAAAGAAAUGGUCGCUACUAAUCUGUAGCAUUGGUGCUGAACGUGAGGCAUUCAAGGAGGCUAGGAUCAGAAUUUCCAACAUGUUCGGACACCCUCAACAGGCUCUAGAAGAUGAACGUGAAGGUACAAUGGUAGGGGAGGUUCCCGAUGACUUACUCACGUCUCCUACACUCUCAGGGAAGGGCUCCCUUUCACCAGACGUACACCAACCGCCUGAGCCUGAACCUGGAUUGGAACCGGAACUAGGACCAGCGCAGAAAGAAGAGCCGGAACAACCAGUAGAUACUACAGAUGGAGUCAGCGCUUGUCCAGCAACACCGCCAGCAUCAUGCGGCAAGAGUGAUGAUGAUGAUGAACCAGACCCUACGUGGCUGCUCUCUCCAUAA